GUUGGCACUUAGACUUCGCGUGCGAUACACUGUACCAUCAGCUAAGAUGCCGCCCAGAGCUUCACGCAGGCUUUUUAGCCUACCACCCCAAUUUCUAUGCCCGUCAGUGCCUCGCAGCUUCAUCCGAACAAUCAAGAGCAUCCAGCCGCGGCAGAAGACGAGAAUGGAUCGCUUCAACAAUGGCCCGGAUCUACCUGUGCUUGGCUCCUCCAAGAAGGCAGCAUUCGAGCGUAGAGAGCCUAUGCUGCCUCACCGAACUGGCGCACUGGUCAUCAAGAAGGGUAUGACCGCCAUGUACGACCCGGUAACGGCCAAGCGCACGCCAUGUACAGUUCUUCAGCUCGAUAGGUGUCAGGUCAUCAGCCACAAACGGCGCGAGAUCCAUGGCUACUGGGCAGUGCAGGUAGGAUGCGGGACGAAGGAGGCCAGAAAUGUCACGAGACCGGAGAGAGGUCACUAUGCGGCGCAAGGAGUACCUUUGAAGCGACAUCUUGCCGAGUUCAGGGUGAAGAACGCAGACGGUCUACCAGAAGUUGGUAGUGUCAUCACUGCAGAUCUCUUCCAGGAAGGACAGUACAUCGAUGCUCGAGGUAUUACGCGGGGUAUGGGCUUCGCGGGUGGCAUGAAGCGGUGGGGUUGGGGAGGCCAGCCUGCUUCCCACGGUACUUCGCUCACACAUCGCGCCAUGGGUUCGGCAGGUGCUAGUCAAGGGUCUGGCUCGCGUGUGCAUCCGGGCAAGCAUAUGCCCGGACGCAUGGGUGGGGAAGGGCAUACGGUGCAGUGUCUGAAGGUUUUAAAGGUCGACAAAGAGAACGGCAUAGUGGUGGUCAAUGGUGCAGUCCCCGGGCCGAAGAAAAGCAUCGUCAAGAUCCAAGAUGCAAUUAAGAAGCCGUGGCCGGAGGUUGGUCUCACGAUUGGUGUAUCGACUAUGGGCAGCACGUCGGAAGCGCUUGAGGCGCGAGUAUGAGUAUGGCUUCAGACUAUGUAAGAAAGACGGAUUACAAGAGCAUAACCAGAGAUGGUGUUCUACUCAACGCGGGUCAGCGCCAGGUGGUAUCGGGCUGAUUCCUAGACUCGCAUCGUGCAACACCAGGCUGCAUGCCUUAGUAAUCUCAACCUCAAUCUGUUGACGCUUGCACUUAGUGCCUCGUUAUAUAACAGUGCUGGUCGUACCGUGUUGCUAACGGUUGGUGCUGGACUGUUCCGUAACGUCAAGUGGUGUUCCACCAAGCUUCCUUGAGACCAAUCUCACUGCGGCCGUCCAUACAUCCACCUCCUCUCACGCCGCCUGAGCUCCUCCAAUCUCUCCCUCUCCGCCCGCGCCUUCCUCU